AUGAAUGAAGUUGAAAUUACAUCAUCAAGCAGCCUUACUUUUCGGGAUUCGCUAGGAACAAAUACUCUACAAAGGUGUGCUUCGUCAUUACUCACAUAUUCCAAAUCAAGAAUUGGAAUGAACGUUUUAAUUUUUGUUCAUACUUUCUUUUCUCCUCUUCAACUUCUUGCAUCAUCGUUUAUUCUUCCAUAUUUUAAUACAUUGGAUUCUGCGGAUUAUUCAAGCGAAAUCAGGAAAUUCUUCUGUUUCUUUGUAAGAAUUCUUGAUUAUGAUACAACUUUUGAAAAGAUAAUGCUAUGUCAAAGGAUUGUAUUUUUCGUUAUCAUUAUACUAUUCAUCGGAAACGUAUCAGUUUACUUUUCUUUAUACUAUUUUAAAAGAAGAUUAUUCAGUAUUUCAAAUCUCGGAUUCUGUUGCAUGCAUUUUAUAUGCAGAUUCUUCUUACCAUGGUCAGCAUCCCUAUUUACAAUAUCCAUUUUCGAUUUGUUUCGAAAACAAGACUUUACAUCUUUUAUAAUUUCAUUAAUUGCCUUCAUCAUUGAUUUGUUUUUUGUUUUGUAUGGGAAUUCUACACUCACAUGUGCCCCAACCUUUUAUCCUGGUGUCGGAGCACGCUGGGUCGAAAAUAAUCUCGGUGAUAUAUUGACAACAGCCAUUUUCAUUAUAAUAGAAGCAGAACAUAACUUCAGUUACAAUAAGAUCACAGAUACAGUACUUUCAUGUAUUGUUGUCGGACUAUUUAUCAUUAUUUUCUCUUCAUAUUGUAAUGGAUUAGUUUUCACAUACAUGCAAGUUAAUGCAUUCAUAUGGGCUAUAUCGUUUAUCACUAUCGUUAACUAUAUUUGGGAUAUUUUGUUCACAGCAGGCGUUGUUUCUUCAUUUUCUUCAUUUCAAAUCACAAUGAUCGUUAUUUACCCUGUUUACAAACUUUCUUACAUCAUAGCUUUGCAUGUAAAUAACAGAAUUUUGGUCAAAAUCAUGGAAGCCGAAGAACAAGGAUUUGCUUUCUUAGAUAUCCAUUGUCCAACGAAAUGGGUUAACUACUGCUGCAUAGGAUUCGAAUUGUCCAACUAUAAUUUGGCAAUGAUUAAGUUUGGAAUGGAUAAAUUCCAAAAUGAUACAAUAACAGCGAGAACUUACCUCAGAUUCGCUAUGUUGUACCCCAACCUGCAAACAGCAGAGUUAAGCUAUGGUUUGGGAGAACUUGAGAAGAGAGCGAAAGGAAAUAUUUUUGAUUUAAUUAUUUUAUCGACUUUUAAGAUGGAAAUAGCAAAAAGAGAUGACGGAACAAAUUAUACAAAGGCUAGGUAUAUCGAUAUCACCAAAUCAUUUGUUUCUUCGUUCUUAUCUUACACUGUUCAAUUUUGGAAGGAAAUUAACGCUUCCAGAUCCAAUCGUGCAAUUUCUUUGGCCAUGGAAACUCAUGAAAGAUACAAAGCAGCUAUUAAUAUGAUAAAAGAACUGAAAAUAUCCGGGUCUUAUAUUCAAUUUCUCAGAACAAGUUUGCCUCUUCCAUUUUUCGGAGCUCCUCUUUAUGUUGAUGACCAAAUCACCUCCGAUUCCCGUAAAAUGUUCCAUAUGCCGUCAAAUACAACAGAAUCGACAGAAUCUAAUGAGCUUCAGAAGCAACCGUACUAUCUAACAGGUAAGACUGUUCAUGAAACUCUUGCCAAGAGGUUUCUUAUCCUUCAAAAACUUGUUUUGAUAAUUCCAUAUAUAUCAUCUCUUUUAAUUAUUGUUUUUUCAUUUACUAUUGUGCAUAGCAUACAAUUGUACCCUACAAAUAUCCUUUAUUUGUAUGAAAAAUUCACAAAUGUCAGCAAUAAUAUUUCAUCUAUGCUUUACGCGUCAUCUACAGGCUAUUACAUUGAACAAGAGAAUCUUAAUAAUUCAAUGUUCCUUAAUGGUUAUUCGAAAAACCUCUUUUCCACCCAACUUCUGAAUCAUACUCAAGAUAUCAAUGAUAUUUCAUUGAAUGUCACAAGCCAACUUGAUAAGUUGUAUACAACGUUCAGUACCUUUAAGUAUCUGAACCUUACUCAGUUCAUUCUCGAUCAAGGAAUGACAGAAUUUGUUUUUUCUGACGAAACAACACGGAAUUUCACCCUAUUUCCGGCCAUCCUGAACACCUUGAUAUACUCAUCGUAUUUAUACAACGUCACUGACUCUGAAUUCCUUUCAUCUUUUAGGAAUUCGUUCACUGUUGUAAAUACGAUUAUGAAAUUCAUUUCGAACUCGAUUUUCCCGAUCAAAGAGAGCAUGGUUCAUAACAUGCACAGCAAAGUAAUGGAUAUUCUUUAUUCCGCUUAUGUUGUUUUGUCAAUUUUAUUCAUUGUCAACUUAUUUUUCAUUAUUUAUCUGAACAAAGCCUAUGAAAAGUACUUCCAUACUCUUAUGAUGAUACCAAAGAACAGGAUUUCCCUAAUGAUUGAGAAGAUUGAGCAUUUAAUGCACAAAUCUUCCAGAAUUUCAUCAAAAAUUGAGAGCCCAAAGGCUUUUUACCUGAAGUAA